GCGUAACUCUGUCUCUAGGCCUCCAACAGCGAACGUCACCCAUCAUCCCCGAGUCUAUCUAUUAAAUCCCGGCGUUUCUCCAUGUCGGACUCUUACCAAGGCAGAGAACGACGGAUUGCCGUCCUAAUCUCUGGUUCAGGCUCCAAUCUUCAAGCCCUCAUUGAUGCUCAAAACACACCUGCGCUCCCAAACGCCAGGAUAGUUGCCGUAGUCUCAAAUCGCAAAGCCGCAUAUGGCCUGACCCGCGCCUUGCAAGCAAAUCCUCCGAUACCCACGGCUUAUCUCGGUUUGCAGCCAUACCUAAAGGCUGAUCCUAGCCGAACACGUCAAGACUACGAUCGCGAGAUUGCCAGGAUCGUCAUUAAUGAGAAGCCCGAUCUUGUCGUCCUCGCUGGCUGGAUGCAUAUAAUGAGCGAGGCUUUCCUAGACAUUGUCAGCGGCGAAAAACAGCUCGAAGGAGCGGAAAAGGUGACUAGGCCGAUCCCUGUCAUCAAUCUACAUCCUGCGUUGCCAGGUGCAUUUGACGGUGCCCACGCCAUCGAGCGGGUGUACGAAGCUUUUCAAAAGGGGGAAAUCACACAUUCCGGUGCUAUGGUUCAUCGCGUCAUCAAAGAAGUAGAUCGCGGGGCACCAGUGAUGGUCAAAGAAGUUGAAAUGAUUGCGGGCGAGCCUAUUGAAGCGUUUGAAGAACGCCUGCACAAAACGGAGUGGGAACUCAUCGUCCAAGCAACGGCGAAAGUGUUAGAUGAGAUUGCUGCGCUCGAGGGCCAGCACUCAUGAUAGCAGCAAGUCCAGAUUGUAAAUAUGACUCAUUGACGUUCAUUACUUCACAUGAUACAUAUUGAAAACUGUGAUACAUGGGUAUUCCAUGGAUACCGAUUGGACAGCAAAUGCAACGAGAACAACACGAACCAAAAGAAAACACGAUGCAAAGAUCCAACAUUGUCCAUAUACACACAGAGCGAAAUUGAUCCUGUCAAGUAUUCAUAUUCCUUGCAACCUGUCAUCAUAGUCCGUAAUCAUUUCCACUGAAGCUGUUGUUCCCACCCGUCAAUUGUCGGACCAAGAACAUACCCCGACCUUCUCCGCCAGCACUCCUCACGCCAGUCACAGACUUGGGACGAGGAUAUCGAGCCGCACCUGGACGAGGACCGUCAUGCAUCUUUGUGGGGCUCGAGGACAACUGUCGAGUGGGACUCAAUCCACCUCCAGUAAGCUGUCUCAGAAGCGCGGCGUCAGACCCUCCAAUGCCGGUGAACUGGGGAGCGAUGGUCGUAGUCCCAGUGUAUUGUGGCGCGACAACGGUACCACGACCGCCGGUGGCGGUAGGUACAAUGGGUGAAGGAAUAGGCGAUGCCUGGCGUUGUGAAGGGGGAAGUAGAAGCUACAAGGAAUACGUCAGAUGACAACCUUAUCAAAAAAUCGGACCAAUACUCACCAAACAUUCUCGACACCAAACGUGACCUUCAGCAUCAGUUUUCGCCGCACUGUCCAACUUCUUACCACAUCCAGGUUUGCCAUAUUCUUUGCGUCGACCCUUCGCAUCCUUCCCACCGCAGAUGAGACAUGCUGCGUGCCACCUUGAGCCUUGUGGUCCCGGAACAACUCCUCUCUCCAUGAGGGACACGGCUUGGUUACACUCAGGGCACGUAGAAUUACCACCAAAACGUGGAGGAGGGAAUGUGAAGGUCGCGGCUGUAGGAGGUGCUGUAGGAGGUGGCCGCUCGUAGCGGCUCGAGGAAGUAACAGAAGAAGUGACGUAUUUCGCGCUAGAAGUCUGUAUCGAGGUAAGGGGACGAGAAGAGAUACUGGCUGGUGUAGACGUAACAGUAGGAACCUUCCUGAGAGUGAUCUUCUCCGGGGGCGCACACUGAAUAUAGACAUAUCGUCAGUC